CUCUACAAAAUAAAUUUUUGUUCUUGUCGAUUGUUUGUUUCAAUUGAGUUGGUUUUUUUGUUGUUGAAGAUGGGAGAUUAUGAGAAUGUUCAACGAGGACCUUUAAAGCUGAAAAAGGGUAUUUCCAAAACAAAGAGGAAGAAAAACGAAGUAUAUGAGCCAAUAAGGACUAGUGCUAAAACGUCUGAAGGGAGAACAGAAGCAGAAAAAAGAUUCGAAGAGAAGAGAAAACAACGUACUGAAGACAAGUUGAGAAAGGAAGCGCAAAUUUCUUAUCGUUCAAAAGUAGAAAAGUUCAACGAACAGUUGAGUAAGGAACCGGAACAUUUCGAUGUUCCAAAAGUGUGCCCAACAAAAUAACAAGGAUUGUUUUGUACGAACGUUUUGUAAACACUG